AAAUGUCCUGUGAUUGUUCUCAGUGCUGAAGAAUUGAAGGAUGCAUGCUCUCAAUAUACUCUGCAUUCUCUCUUCUCUUCCACAGGGAUGGGGCGAGGAACUGGAGCACAGUGUGAAUGAGAACCCUGAGAAACGACUUCCAAAUAUAUUCGAGAUAAUUCUGAACCUGCCUCCAGGGAUUAGAGGAGAACCUUCCCUCUCUACACACAGGUUGGUUCCGAGGUAUCAGUUUACUCCUCGGAGAAGGAUGAAGGAGAGACCAAGAAUGAUUUUGAAACCUUUACAUGGACUAAAUAAGAAAACAACAGAUCUGAUGAACGGGAAUAUCUGGCAUACCUCAUAUGGAAACAAAAACAAGAGAAAUAGAGAAAAAUUUGAAAUCAAAAAUAAAAUGCUUGAAAAUCUUGUUUCUUUGCAAAAAGCAAAAGAUGACUUAAAAGCAGAAGAUAUUUAUCCAAGCUUAAAGAAAGCGAGUCCCAAAGUUCUUUUUGUUCCAGUAGAAGAAACUAAAACUAAUUUGGAAAUAGAAAACCCUGGCUCUAGCUCUGAGACUGAAAAUCCUGGCUCUAGUUCUGAGACUGAAAACCCUGACUCUAGUUCUGAGACUGAAAAUCCUGUCUCUAGUUCUGAAACUGAAAACCCUGACUCUAGUUCUGAGACUGAAAAUCCUGACUCUAGUUCUGAAACUGAAAAGUAUGAACAGGACACAAAGUCUGAAGAAACAGAUUCCGAUACAAUCGCCGGUAAAACUGAUACAGAUAAAAACCCUAAAACUGGAAAAUAUAAGACAAUUUCUGAGGAUGAAGAAGACCCAGAUACUAACUCUGAGAAGGAUGAGCCUGAAAACACAACAUUGGAAAAAGAAGACACUAGCAGUGGUUUGGUAACAAAUGAAGAAACUAGCAUGAAAACAGAAAAAGAAGAUUCAACCGUAGUAAAUUUAUCCACAGAAACAGAAACAGAUAACUCCACAAUAAACUCUGAAACAGAAUCUUCCUUUAGUCCUCUUAAUACAGAGAAACCUUCCACUCCUCUUAAUACAGAGAGUCCUUCCACUCCUCUCAAUACAGAGAGUCCUUCCACUACUUCGGAAGGAGAGAAAAACAAGACCAAUUCUAAAACUCAUGAACCAAAAACUAGUGUUCAAACAUUAACAACAACAACAGUCAGAAACUUUACUGAAAAAGUAGCCUUGUCUAGUAAUACAGUUGAUAACAAUACUGAAAACAAUAGUAUUCCAGUAACAUCUAAACCUUCUACAAUAGGGUCUGAUUAUACUGAUACAGAUGUUGCAGCAAAAAUAAAAUCAGAAAUACCAGAAACUGAAAUAGAAAACAGCACAACAGAGAAUCCAGAACGCAGAGAAACAGAACCUUGGUCUGACAAACCAGAGCUUAAAAACCCAGCAACCACGACAAAACCUGGAACUGUUGAAAACAAAUUAUCUCCUUUUACUUUUGAACAAACGUCACCAAUUGAUACAACAAAAGAGAUAUUAAGUACUUUUGAUACUUUGGAGCUUAAGUCUACUACAAAUAUACAAGUUUCUGAACCUGAAUCAACCACAGCAAAAUCAAUUGAUGGUUCAGAUAUGAAGGGACAGGACUAUGGUACUACUCCCAACGAAAUAAAUUUUAGAUCUGACAAUGAUAUAGAUGAUGAGUUAUUUGAUUCAGACUCUGAUUAUGAUAUAAAAAAUACAGAAGAUGCAAAUUAUUAUGAUUAUGCAGAGCACACAAUCAGUACUGAUGAAACAGAGAAUCCUCCAACAAGGGGUGCAAGUGCAGAAAACAAAAUAUCAGAGAAAAGUAUCUUAGAAAAUAGUACUGAAAUCAGUAGAGAUGAAACUAGUUCAACACUGGAAGCAGAACCAACAUCAUUGGAAACUAAAACAGAAAAUUUAAUACCAAAUGAUGGUUUUUACAAUGACCCAUAUAAUUCAGGAUACGAUGAGCAUUAUGCUACCACUGUUGGUAGCAUGGAAUCUAUAACAAAUCAUAUUACCAAAGAUAAAAAGAAAUUUGAAACUACCACUGUUGAAGAGAAAUCUGAAAUUACGUCAGAACUUAAGGGCUCUGUAGCUACAACCCAAGCAACAACAACUGAAAUAUUUAAUCGUAUUGAUCUUAAUGAAGAGGAUUUAUAUUAUAUGGAUCAGUACGGUGGUCCACCUGACAAAACUGAUACUACCACAGAUAAAGAGAAAUCUGAAAUUACCACAGAAAAAGAGGAAUCUGAAACUACCAUUGAGAUGAAGGAAUUGGAAACUGCCACAGGUAUGUUAGAAUCUGAAACUAACACAGUCAUAAAGGAAUCUAAAACUACCACAGUGAAGGAAUUUGAAACUUCCACAGAAGUGAAGGAAUCUGAAACUACCACAGAAAUUAAGGAAUCUGAAACUACUACAGAUAUGAAGGAAUCUACUGAAACUGAAACUACCACAGAGAAAAAAGAAUCUAAAGAUAUAACGAUCAUUGAUGAUGAGACAACAGAAAACAAUGAAUUUAAUUUUACAACUGUGAAUUCUACAGGUUCCAUAGCUAACACUACAAAUUCAAAAGAUUACAUUACUACUAAAACAGGAAACGAACUCACAGAUUUGAAUAAAUAUUUAAAUAACGUUUUUUAUUCUACCACGACCAAUUUAAUUGAUUCUGAUAAUAACAUAGUAAACCAGACUUCUGAAGAGGUUGAAGCUCCAAUGACUACUUUUUAUGAACCUGAUGGUACAAAUUCUUCUAUGACUAUCACAACUACUACAGUAACUAUGAAUUCUACUUUCUUCACACCAAACCUAACUAAGAACAACACUACCACAAUAAAAGAAGGAUCUACAACAGUUAUAUUGAAAUCUGAAACAACAACAAUGAAAGAAUCUGAAACUCCAACAUAUAAAGAGGAAUCCACCACAGUUAAAGAGGAUUUUGAAACUACAGCACAAAUGAAAGGGUCUAACUCUACCACAAUAAAUGUAAUGGAAUCUGAAACUACUUUAGAUAGAGAAGAAUCAAAAACUAACACAAUUACAGAGGAUUCAGUAAGUACCUCAGAAAUAAAUGACUCUGUAACAACAACACAAGCAUUAACAACUAAACAAUUUAAACCUUUUGAUCUUGAUGAUAAUGAUUUAUAUUAUAUGGAUCAGUACAAUGCUCCACCUGACAAAACUGAUAAAAUAACAGAUCAAGAUAACACCGAAAUUACCACCAUUGAAACUACCACUGAAAAGCAGGAAUCUGAAACUACCACAGAUAUGAUGGAAUCUGAAACUACAACAGAAAGGAAUGAACCUGAAACUACAACAGAAAUAAGGAAAUCUGAAACUACCAAAAAAAUGAAGGAAUUUGAAACAACAACAGAAAUGAGGGAAUCUGAAACUACCACAAAAAUGAAGGAAUCUGAAACUACCACAGAAAUGAAGGAAUCUGAAACUACCACAGAAAUGAUGAAAUCUAUAACUACCACAGUAGUGCAGGAGUCUGAAACUACAAAGGAAAUGAAGGAAUCUGAAACUACCACAGGUAUGAAGGAAUUUGAAACUACCACAGAAAUGAAGGAAUCUGAAACUAUCACAGAAAUGAAGAAAUCUGAAACUUCCACCAAAUUGAAGGAAUCUGAAACUACAACUGAAAUUAAGGAAUCUGAAACUACCACAGAAAUGAAUGAACCUGAAACUACCACUAAAAUAAAGGCAUCUGAAACUAACACAGAAAUGAAGACAUCUGAAACUACCACAGAAAUGAAUGAACCUGAAACUACAACUAAAAUAAAGGCAUCUGAAACUACCACAGAAAUGAAGGAAUCUGAAAUUACACCAGAAAUAAAGAAAUCUGAAACUAUCACAGAAAUGAAAGAAUCUGAAACUACAACAGAAAUAAAGAAAUCUGAAGCUACCACAGAAAUGAAGGAAUUGAAAACUGCCCCAGGUGAUAGACAGGAUUCUACAGCUGGUGAUCGAUUUUAUGAAGAUGCGGAAGAAAUCCCAGUAAUCUUUGAAAACUCUUAUCCUUUCCUUAACAGCGAUAUAGCUGACAACAAGGAAAAAGAAGAUGAACAAACUGAAUCCUCGGAAACUGAACCAAGCAUAAUAAAAGCAUCUACUGAACUCCCUGAAAUUUCAGAACCAACUAGAUCAUGGGUUCCAGGGUUGGCAAACACAGCUUAUGGAAAAAUAAAUCCUUAUAUCCCUCAGAAAUAUGAUAAUGAUCUUGGUCGGAAAGGGGAACCUUUUACAAUAUUUUUUAAAAUCGGAAAUUCGUCCAGUUUUGAUGAUAGUCCAGAAAAAAAUCCCUAUCAGACUUUUAAACCUGAUACUGGCUCGCCUGAACCUGUUCUUAAUCCUAUCUCUACACUGAACUAUCAAUUCAGAAAUUUAGAAGAGUUGGAUUCUACAGCUCCAGAUCAAACUAAACCUUCAGAUCUGAGCACAACACCAGCAGGUCUGGAUUACAUCAUUAAAGUAACAUCUCUGAGUAAAAAUGAAUCCGAAAACCCUGACAGAAAAUCCCCGGGAACUGAUGGACCGGAGUAUGUACUGCUGGAAAAUGUUCGUCCAAUAUUCCAAAAAAAUGAAACAGCUAAAGCAGAACUUCCACAGCAAGACUAUGUGAACUCGGAGAAAAAAGUGCUGGAAUUUAUUGACCCAGAUAUUGACAUUUCAAGCCAGGAGGACAUGAACUCUGGAGCUUCAAGCCCAGAGAUAAAAAUCCCGGAAAGAUGGAGUCCAAUGAUUCUGAACCACAGAGUUAAUCCUCCGAAUAAUCUGAACGGGAUUAAGGAUGCAAUUGAAAACGUCCUAUCUAACACUGACGGGAAUCCCGAGGAUCUUAGCUCCGAUUUAGACAAACAACUAGCAGCAGUAUAUCCUGAAAAUAAUGAACUGGCAAAAGUUCUUAAUCCAGAGAUCCUGGAAGCCAUGAAGGAUGAAGAUGAAGAUAAACCUAGCGAAUCAAGUGAAGAUGCGAAUAUCCUGGCCAGGGAGGCAGGAACAGAAACUCAAGGAGUGGAUGGGACGGAGAACAAGGACAGGAUUGGUCAAGAUCAGGGUCUGUUGAGAAUGUUAGAUCCAGAGUCUAAAACAGGGUCGAAUCCAACAACCAUUGACGGAUGCAAGAAGUAUAAAACUCAUCCUGGCAGGAAGCGAGAAGGACUCAGGUUACUUGGAGUUAAAGGGUCCUAUUCCAUUAAGAUUUCUAAGGUUGAAGAUUGUAAGAAGCAUAUAGAAGAUAUGUGGAGAGCUGGCGAAUGGUUAAAUGAUCCUGAUUGUGGAUUAGCCCUGGUUGGGAUUAGUAAAUGCACCAACCCUGCAUGCUGCAUGUGUACUGUCACGAAGAAUGAGUCCUGUGCUGCGACGAGGUUGGAUGAGAAGAUUACUCCGGCAGAGCAACAAUUCCUCAAACUAUUCUCAAACAAUCUAUCCAAUAGUAUACCUCUUGAUACCCCAGGACACUGUAAUAAUCUUAAGGAGAAACUAAAAGGAAGUUUCAGGGAUGAAUUCCAACGACGACGGAGUAGCUUGAAGUGCACGGAUAAAAGAGGUCCAGGGAGAAGAUCCAACCCGGAUCCGGAUCAGAAAAUAGAAAUAUUCUUCCUUGCUAAAUUUAUCAACACCAAGAAAAUUUGCACAAUUACAGUCAAGAUAAUUCGAGGAUCUGAAGAAUGUGAGUUUGGUGAAUAAAUGAUUAUCGUGAAACCUGGAAUUGAGCAAAUUUACAAAUUUACACAAAUUCAAGAUCUGUUCAACUUUUUUAGAUUAAGUUGAAAAUAUAAGAAUAUUUAUAUUUA